UGAGCACUCCCCCCUGCCCUCCCCUCCUCCUCCUCCUCCUCUCAGAGCUAGGCAGUUUCUAUAGCGAUUGCUGCUCGCACACAAAGACAUCAGCACAGGCAGAAGCAAGACACAAAUCUGGGUUUCCAGCACAGGCAUCAACGAGAGCCAAGCAGCCAGCGGGUUAUCCUGGGAUUGAGGACUCGACCAAGCAGGGACAAGAACCAGAAGACAUGGCCCAAUGGAGAACUGCCGUCUUCAUCCUGGUGUCUGUGAUCGCCAUGGCGACCGCUUUCACCCCCGGCUGCAAGAUCCGAAUCACCGCCAAGGGCCUUGAGCUGCUGAAGCAGGAGAGUUUGAAGUUUGUAGAGGAGGAGCUGGAGAACAUCACCAUUCCAGACCUGUCUGGGAAGGAGGGUCGCUUCCAAUACACCAUCAACAAUGUGAGGAUCACUGAGCUGAACCUGACCUCUUCAGACCUGCGCUUCCAGCCUGAUUUCGGUCUGGUCUUCGAGGUGCACAACUCCUCCAUCAGCCUCAACUUCAUGCGCCGCAUCUUCUACUGGUUCUUUACUGACGCGGGUUCGAUCAAUGCCUCAGCGGAGGGAGUCAACAUCCACACGGCUGUCAGGCUGUCCAAGGAUUCCCUGGGGCGCCUCAAAAUAUCCAACAUCUCCUGCGACGCAGCCGUCGGCAAAAUGCGUGCCGAGUUCAGCGGCACCCUGAGGAGGGUGUAUGACCUCCUGGCCACCUUCAUCACCACAGGGAUGCGCUUCCUCCUCAACCAGCAGAUCUGCCCCGUCCUAAACAAUGCUGGUUUGGUGCUGUUGAAUUCCGUGCUGGACACAGUGCCUGUUCGGACGAAGGUGGAUAAAUACGUGGGGAUCGAUUACUCCCUCCUCAGUGACCCCGUGGUGACCUCUGAGAACCUUGACAUGGACUUCAGGGGCAUGUUCUUCGAGCUCCAGAACGAGAACGACACGCUAGUGAACUACGCCGUGGAGCCGGUGAUCCGGGAGUACGACCGCAUGGUGUACCUGUCCCUCUCCGAGUACUUCUUCGACAGCGGCAUGCUCUCCUACUUCAAGGCCGGGGUCCUGAACAUCCGCAUCUCACACGACAAGAUGCCCAAAGACUUGGAGAUGUUGCUGAGGACCUCCUACUUUGGAACAAUCAUGUUGCUGAACCCCUCCAUUGCCGAGGCCCCCAUGUCCCUGGAGCUGGAGGUCACCACGGCGCCCCGAUGCGUCAUCAAGCCCUCGGGGACGAGUGUGUCGGUCACGGCCGUGGUCAGCAUCCUGCUGCUCCCUCCGGGCCAGGAGCCCGUCCAGCUCUCCAGCAUGACCAUGGAGUGCAAGAUGAGCGCCAAAGUGUCUAUGAAGGGCAAGAAGCUGGCGCUCCACAUGGACCUGCGCAGAUUUAAGAUCUUCUCCAAUCAGUCUGCCCUGGAAUCAUUGGCGUUGAUCCCUCUGCAGACCCCACUAAAGACUCUGUUACAGCUGGCUGUCAUGCCUAUUAUUAACGACCGGACAAAGAAAGGGGUACAGAUCCCUCUGCCAGAGGGAAUGGACUUUACUGAAGAAGUGGUGGAAAACCACAUGGGUUUCAUAACCAUUGGAGCUAACCUGCACUUCAGCAAAGGUCUGCGGGAGGUGAUUGAGAGGAACCGUGCCGAGCCCAAAAGCCUGACGAACUGAGCGGGCAGCCGGUGCCCCGCUCCACUCCCUACAAACAACAGGAGCUUUUUUGGUUUGUUUCUGUCUACAGAGCUGUUUACAUGAACAUUAUUCGCUUCAUGCUUAGAAAACAUAAAACAAAACAUGGUACCGUAACAACAAACGCCCGCUUAUUAGCAGAAAUUCUUUUUAAAGAGGCUUCACGAAAUGCUACUAGGCAGCGGAGUCUGCAGGGGCACCACAUUCCUUUUUAAACACUGGCGGUAAUUAAUACAAGAAGGAGAAAUCUGGAAUCCCCGGGGAAGGCUUUGGGUGGCGAGUGCAGAUGUGAAAAUAAUCACAGAAUGAACUCCCAGGUUCAUGCAACAAGAAGCUGUGCUGCUCUGUGGUACAAGGAGUCCAGACCUGAAGAAUCUGUGCACUGCACACCUAGACAAGGGCUCUCCACCAGAACAUCAUCUCUGUGCUUCCAAAUCCAGAGAAAAUUAGAACAGAGGCACCUCUGACCUGCUCGUACCCCGGAGCUUUCUCUGCUGUGACAGCGCAUCUAGUCCCUUCCCUGUCUCCUGCACUAGCUGUGCUCUAUUCAGAAGUACCCCUGACAUGCACAAAUACUGUUGUUUUUAUAUCCCUGCAAUCAGCCUUGUUAAUGAUUUUAGCUGAUGAUGUUGUGUGCUAAUUCAUAUAGCUGCAUGUUUUAAAAUGUAUUCAGAAAAGUGUUUCUUUAUUAACUGCUGCUCAGCCCAUCACAGUAACCCAGGAAGAGAGUGAGACAGAGAGAGAGAGAGAGAGAGAGAGAGAGAGAGAGAGGUUCAAUUGACAUUCCAUCAUUUUCCCUUUACUAAAACCAAGUUGAAAACAAAAUAAAAUAUCAAAUAAAAUGUAUUCAAGUUUA